AUGUCUAUAGAACCCUUGUUUUGUGCAGCCCUGCAAACCAAUAGAUCACCACUGCUCACUAUAGACAUAGAGGGAAUCACAGACACUCAAACUGCUCUAAUUGAUUCUGGUCCCCCUGCUAACUUCAUUGAUCCCCAAUUUGCCCGUUCUCACAACAUUCCACUCAUUGAAUUGGAUUCCCCAUGCUCUGUCAUUGGCAUUAAUGGCAAACAAGUCCGCAACCCUAUCUGUUUCAAGGCUUGGUUAGUCUUUAGCUCUCAAAACAGGCGAUUUUCCGCCAUCUUCUAUGCUCUUCCCCUUGGAAACAGAAACCUUAUCCUUGGAACCCCAUGGCUCAGAUUGGCUAAUCCAGACAUUGAUUGGACCACCAUGAAAGUUUCACUCCGCUUAGCUACAGAAGCACGAGCUGGCAGCAUCAAUCCUGAGCCCCAGAACCUCCCUGUUGAAUUCCAGGAGUUCCAGAAAGUGUUCAGUGAAGAGUUCUUUACCACACUGCCAGAACAUUGCCCCUAUGACAUUGCUAUUGACCUGGAAGAAGACAAACAGCCUCCCUAUGGCCCUAUCUAUUCUAUGACCCCUGCAGAGAGAGAAGCACUCAAGGAACACAUUGAUUCAGAACUUGCAGCUGGGAAGAUUGUGCCAACCACCUCACCAGCAGGAGCUCCAGUGAUGUUUGUAAAAAGGGCUGAUGGCAGGCUUUGCUUAGUGGUGGACUAUUGCCGGCUAAAUGCCAUCACAAUCAAGGACAGAUAUGCACUACCCAGACAGGACAAGCUAAUUGAGAAAUUGCGCCAUGCUAAGAUCUUCACAAAGCUAGAUUUGAGGAAUGGAUAUCACAACAUCAGAAUCAAGGAAGGAGAUGAAUGGAAGGCUGCAUUUUGCACUGCCCUUGGUCACUUUGCUCCCACAGUCAUGCAAUUUGGCCUUAGCAACGCCCCAGCUGUGUUCAUGCGCUUCAUGAACAACAUAUUCCAUGAUUUACUUGACAUCUCUGUGGUUGUGUAUUUGGAUGAUAUCUUGAUCUUCUCAAACUCAAGAGAAGAGCAUGUGGAACAUGUCAAGGAAGUCUUAUCUUGCUUGCUGAAGCAUAAUUUAUUCUGA